UUCUCCUUCCCUUUUUCUUUCACAGGAUUCGAUUUUUCUUUUUUUUUUCUUCAUCAAACCCUAACCCUAACUCUGGAAAUAAAGCCAAAAAACUCUGUGGACAAUUUUUAGAAUAACGGGUCGGCUCUGAAACUUUCCUUCUAUGGAUUCUCAAUUCGAUACGGCCUCGCAACCCGACCCUGCCACCGACGCUUACACCUUCCUCGAAUUCAACACCCAAGGCGAGUCCGAUUUCGAGUACACGGACUUCCGCGAUACGAUUCGUUCUUGGCCGACACCCUCCGACGCCACUGCCGCCGAUCGCUCCGCCUCCGACCACCAUUCGGACACUGCUGUAUCCUCUUCUCCCUCUACCGCUUCAAAAGGCGCUGUCCGUAGCUCUGCGAGCAAUAACAACAGCAAUAGCAAUAGUGGGGCCGUGGUCGAUGCCUUGGCGACGGGAAUUAGUGGAUUGAAUUUCGAGGAGACGGUUGGGGAUGAGGAUGGCGGUUAUGAGUAUGGAAAAGGGGAUUUCGCUGAGCAUGCUUGUCGAUAUUGUGGGGUUUCCAAUCCGUCUUGCGUGGUUCGCUGCAAUGUUCCUUCGUGUAGGAAGUGGUUUUGUAAUUCAAGAGGGAAUACGUCGGGAUCGCAUAUUGUUAAUCAUCUUGUACGAGCUAAACACAAAGAAGUUUGCCUUCAUAAGGAUAGUCCUUUGGGAGAAACAAUUCUUGAAUGCUACAAUUGUGGAUGCAGAAAUGUUUUCCUUCUUGGUUUUAUAUCUGCUAAGACAGAGAGUGUUGUUGUUCUUCUUUGUAGAGAACCUUGUUUAAAUGUUAAUGCUUUGAAAGAUAUGAAUUGGGACUUGAGUCAGUGGUGUCCACUUAUUGAUGAUAGGUGCUUUUUACAGUGGCUAGUUAAGAUCCCAUCUGAAAAAGAACAGUUAAGGGCGCGACAAAUAAGUGCUCAACAAAUAAAUAAGGUAGAAGAACUUUGGAAGAAAAAUCCUGAUGCUGCUCUUGAAGAUCUUGAGAAGCCUGGUGUAGAUGAUGAGCCGCAGCCUGUGGCCUUGAAGUAUGAAGAUGCUUAUCAGUAUCAAAAUGUUUUUGCUCCACUCAUCAAGCUUGAAGCUGAUUAUGAUAAAAUGAUGAAAGAAUCUCAAAGCAAGGAUAAUGUUACAGUUCGAUGGGAUAUUGGGUUAAACAAGAAACGUGUUGCAUAUUUUGUCUUUCCAAAGGAAGACAAUGAGCUGCGUCUAGUACCUGGUGAUGAGUUGCGUCUACGUUAUUCAGGAGAUGCUGCACAUCCAGCAUGGCAUGCUGUUGGGCAUGUGAUCAAACUAACGGCGCAAGAGGAGGUUGCACUUGAGCUCCGUGCUAGUCAGGGGGUUCCUGUUGAUGUGAACCAUGGGUUCAGUGUUGAUUUUGUCUGGAAGAGUACAAGUUUUGACCGGAUGCAGGGGGCAAUGAAAACAUUUGCAGUAGAUGAAACAAGUGUCAGUGGAUAUAUAUACCAUCACCUGCUUGGACACGAGGUUGAGGUUCAGAUGGUCCGCAACACACUGCCUCGUCGUUUUGGUGCCCCUGGACUGCCAGAAUUGAAUGCAUCCCAAGUUUUUGCUGUAAAGAGUGUUCUUCAGAAGCCUAUAAGCUUGAUUCAAGGUCCUCCUGGCACAGGAAAAACUGUUACUUCUGCUGCCAUUGUAUAUCACAUGGCUAAACAGGGUCAGGGGCAGGUUCUGGUCUGUGCUCCAAGUAAUGUGGCUGUUGAUCAGCUAGCUGAAAAGAUAAGUGCCACUGGGUUAAAGGUUGUAAGGCUUUGUGCAAAAUCAAGAGAAGCUGUGAGUUCUCCUGUGGAACAUUUGACCCUGCAUUAUCAGGUUCAACAUCUUGACACAUCUGAGAAGAGUGAACUUCACAAAUUACAACAAUUAAAAGAUGAACAAGGUGAAUUGUCAAGCACUGAUGAGAAAAAGUACAAAGCACUGAAGCGAGCAACUGAGAGGGAAAUAUCCCAAAGUGCUGAUGUUAUUUGUUGCACUUGUGUUGGGGCUGGGGAUCCUAGAUUGGCUAAUUUUAGGUUCCGCCAGGUACUUAUCGAUGAAUCUACUCAAGCGACAGAACCUGAGUGUCUCAUUCCUUUAGUUCUUGGAGCAAAGCAGGUUGUUCUUGUUGGUGAUCAUUGCCAACUUGGUCCUGUUAUCAUGUGCAAGAAAGCUGCUCGUGCUGGGCUGGCACAGUCUCUGUUUGAACGUCUAAUUUUACUUGGUGUUAAACCAAUUAGAUUGCAGGUUCAAUAUCGUAUGCACCCAUGUUUGUCAGAGUUUCCUUCUAACAACUUCUAUGAGGGCACAUUACAAAAUGGAGUGACAAUCAAUGAAAGACAAUCAUCAGGCAUUGAUUUCCCCUGGCCUGUGCCAAAUCGUCCCAUGUUUUUCUAUGUACAGAUGGGACAAGAAGAGAUUAGUGCUAGUGGAACAUCAUAUCUAAAUCGAACUGAAGCAGGAAAUGUUGAAAAGAUAGUUACCACGUUCUUGAGGAGUGGUGUUGUUCCUAGUCAGAUUGGGGUCAUAACACCUUAUGAGGGACAGAGGGCAUAUAUUGUGAAUUAUAUGUCAAGAAAUGGUGCUUUGAGACAGCAGCUUUACAAGGAAAUUGAGGUUGCAAGUGUCGAUUCAUUCCAAGGACGGGAAAAAGAUUACAUCAUCUUGUCUUGUGUGAGAAGUAAUGAGCAUCAGGGCAUUGGAUUUCUAAAUGAUCCUCGCAGGCUUAAUGUUGCCCUAACACGUGCUCGGUAUGGUAUAGUAAUUCUUGGAAACCCUAAGGUUCUUAGCAAACAAGCUCUGUGGAAUGGUUUAUUGACGCAUUACAAGGAACAUGAGUGCCUGGUUGAAGGACCCCUCAAUAACUUGAAGCAGAGUAUGGUUCAAUUCCAAAAGCCCAAAAAGAUCUACAAUGACCGAAGACUUUACUUUGGUGGUGGACCUGGGAUUGUGCCUGGUGAUAAUCUUGGCUCUGCUGCUUCGUCUAAUCCAAAUGCUGAUCGAAGAAGCAAUAUUGCUCGGGGUGCUUAUAUACCUCCUGGUCCACCCAAUGGCACUCACAAGCCUGGAGUCCACCCAUCUGGGUUUCCAAUGCCUCGGGUUCCACUCCCACCCUUUCCUGGUCCUCAGCCUUAUGCUAUUCCAGCUCGUGGAGCUGUACAUGGACCGAUGGGAGCUGUUCCUCAGGUCCCUCAACCUGGAACUCGAGGUUUUGGGGCUGGGCGUGGUAAUUGUGGUGCUCCUAUCGGUAGUCAUCCACCACACCAGCAAGGAUUGCAGCAAAAUGUUGGAACUAUUGGAUCUUCAUUUAACUUCCCUCCGGAGAAUCCAAACAGCCAGCCAUCUGUGGGUGGUCCAUUAUCUCAACCUGGAUUUGUUAACAAUGUGCAAGGGUCAAGCCAAUCUUUCCGUGAUGGAUUUUCAAUGGGGGGAAUGUCCCAGGACUUCUUGGGUGAUGACUUCAAAAGCCAAGGCUCACAUGUCCCUUAUAACAUUGCUGAAUUUUCAACACAGGCUUCACAGAGUGGGUAUGCUGUUGAUUAUGUUACACAAGGAGCACAGGGUGGGUUCACAGGGAACUUUCUAAACCAUAAUCCUCAAGCUGGAUAUUCUCGCUUUGGUUCUGGAAAUGAUUUCAUGUCUCAGGACUACAUUAAUCAUGGAUCACAAGGCCUGUUUACUCAGGUUGGCUAUAAUGAUGCAUCACAUGAUGAUGCAGCACAAAGUCACUUUGGCAUGUCUAAUCCCAACCAGCUUCAGUCCCAGGGUUUGAUGAAUUCUCUCUACUCACAGCCCUUUGACCACUACAACAGACAGCCACUGAACUUGCAGGAUCCUCAACAGCAGCCUCCGCAGGAGCAGCAGAGCUCCCAAAACCAGAAACUUCAUUAUAAUGGUUAAGAAUAAAGAUGCAUAUGGACUUUGAUGGGUUAUAGUCUUUGCAAUCAGCAACUUGGUUCGCGCUGUCCUUGUUUUGCCCGAACAAACAUACUACUCUGAAGACAAAAAUGUUUUCCUGCUUGAGGUCACUUAAAUUUCUGUCCAUAAACUGUAAGAACUUUCCUUAUGGUGGGAAUAAAUAUAAAACGGUGCAAGAGUAAGAUGGUUGUGGGACUGUGGAAAUACGGGCAGUACAUCCAUGGCUGAGAAAGAGAAGGAUAACCCCAAAUAACUGUUUGGUGGUUUUGCAUUUGUUUUAAAGGAAAGGUAUUGAUUCAAGAGAGCAUAACAUGGUAAGGUUUUGUGGAAAGGGUUGGAUGUUAAAUACGGGUGGCUGUUUUUUUGAGAUAUAUGGGAUAUAAGACCCAUUAUAGGUACUGAGGCAGUUUAAGGUGAAAAAUGUGUACAGUAUGCUGGGGAAUAUGGCCUGACCCUUUUCAGCACUUCCUGAAGUGCAAGUGUACUCUUUAUCUUGCGUUAGUGAUAUGUUACAAAAGUAUUUCCAA